GAUAAAAUGGGUUGUUUUCUUAUCAAGUCCGGUGUUCCACUGGGAAAAUUUAAAAACUUCGAGGAUUCUUCCGAUUUAUAUGUGCAUGGCAUAUGUGAAGCGUUUAUUCUUGCUUUAGAAUCCGGCCACUUUUAUUCUGCAGUCCUGAUGCUACAGAGAGAAGGGCAUCUUCUAUGGCACUGUGCACUUUCCUCAAAUAAAUGUCAAAUCCAAAAACAGUUAAACAGAACUUGGCGAUCAAAUUUUUGUGACAAGGAAAAAUGUUAAGUUAGAGUACAUCAAGUAUGUCCUAGCUUACGCGUGCCUAAAACAAGUCCCGGAAAAUAUUUUGCAGAGUUUGAUACAGACAGGUAGGGAGAUAGAGGGAAUGAAGACAACUGAAAUACUGACAAAAGAAUUUGAAGUAUCCAAUAGGUUGUACUGUCUUGCCGAGUGCAAAAGUCCACUGGAAAAGAUUAUAAGAUGCGUGGUAGAAAUUACUACCGGGGGGCAAUUUGUGGAUGAAAUGUACCUAAGGAAACGACGAAAAAAAAUCAAAAACUUUGAGAUCAUUCGAUUACUUAAGUUAGCCCCGAGAGUUGUGACCACUUUCAGUAAAUAUGACAUGAAAGGGCUGUUCGAAAAAGUGGUUUCUGAAGAGGAGAUCAGAAUAUUACGAGAUACUACAGUUAUGAUGAAUCUCUCAGAUCAGCCUAACAAUAUAAAUUUUCCACCCGGUACUACACUACUUCAUUUGGGAUCCUGCACAGGAAACGUUGAAUUCGUCAAAAUGAUUUUACAGGCACCUCUCGCGGUGAAUGUUGACGCCAAGACCAGUAACGGUGUAAGAGCUUUAGACCUAGCUGUAAUUUAUGGAUCAUGGGAUAUCUACAAACUUCUGGUUGGACAUAAUGCCAAAUUUACCGUAGACACUAUCGUUGCCUGUUGCUCAGAUGAACGAUUCAAACAAGUAGAAAUUUGGACAAGGAAGAUUCGCUAUCUAUGUUCGAGUGAGAAACCCUCACCUAAAGCAAAGAAAAAAAUAUUGAUGGAUUUGUAUGAACGAAACAAGAUUGACUUGAAUUUCUUCAGCCAAGAGAUCGGUGGUCCUCUCUACAAUGCUAUUGAUUGUCAUCUAGAUGAGAUAGUGCUUUAUCUAGUCGAUACCAACCCAUCUCUGCUUGUGAGGGCGCUGAACUCCAACACAGACAUUGUUGCACAGCUGCAGAAGUGCAAAGAAGGGACAGUUGCGCAUGUGUACACCGCCCUGAUAAGUCAUUUUGGUAAGCUUGAAACAAAAACUCUGGGACAACUGCUACUUCAGACUGCUGUAAGCCUAAAAGUGCAUCUUACAGAGACUCUUACUAGAACAUUUUACAGGAUCCUAGACCAGGAGCAAUGGGAGGAGGCCGUUGAAGAAGUGGAUAAACAUGGAAGAUCUAUCUUUCACUUUGUUGCUAUAUUUGGCUGGGAAACAAUUGCCCGAAUACUUUCUGAGGUUGUUCACAGGGAGAAUCUGCCUGGAUUUCCACUGAACAAAGCAGAUUAUGCUGGCGCAUCUCCUCUGUGGUAUGCUUUAGCGCACAAGCACUGGAAAAUUGCAAGACUUUUCCUUCUUAAUGGCGCUAAUCCUAUUUUGCAGCGCGCGGUACCAGGGUGUUUCAUAAAGAGGCCCAAACCUGCUGAAAUCAAUGAUGUAUGUUUCCAUGAAUGUGAAGAUUCGCAUUCUUUAAUCUCAAAACAUGGCAUUAAAAUGAGUGCACGAAGGAAGGUCAAAUUGACCGAUAAUAAAGAUAGCAGUGUCGGAGUUCUCCUAAAUGGAAUGAAAAGCUCAAUUUUAGAAUCUAAAAAUGAUCAACAACAGAUAGAGAAGUCAGGCACUAAAAAAGCAGUUUGUCAACCAAAUUAUCGAGCCAUACUAAUAAACAAAGAACAAAAGAUGACUGAAUAUCUCUUCAAAAAAGCACAUUUAUCCAGGACCUCAGGGUUUUCUUUGAUUCACUUUGCUUCAGGCGUUGGAGAUUUAAAGCUUUUUGAGGAAAUUCUUAGCAUAUCAGAGAACAAAUUAAAAGUCAAUGAUGAUUACAUGAAUAUGGGCUACAGAUGCGCAAUUUUGGGAAACCAAAGGUCUAUUUGUGAUAUCUACCAUAAAAAUAGCAUCCAUCUCAGUGAUAACCAAACAUUUCAUUCCAUUGUUUGGCAGGCCCUCAGAACUGAAACCGUUCAAAGAAAUGUAUUUCACUUUCUUUUCAGUCUACUUGGUUUUGUGUAUGACAAUACAUUAACAUCUGGCAAAACACCACUCUUGCGAUACCAAACAGUACCGAAAUACCAUGGAUUCAGUUACAAACACGAAGGCUUUAAAUUUGCUGACUUUUUAACAAAACUUUGUGAAAAUCUAUCAGAACAGGGAGUAGAAAAAAACCUAAUUGAUCAAUUGAAAACAAAAGUUCAGUACAUAUACGGCAAGAUACAAAAUUAUUUGAAAGAAAAACUUCAUUUCAUAGCCCAGCAAACUUCAGAGAAAAAUCCACAACUUGAGAUAAUUCUUACGAACUUUCUUAAAACAGUGGAUGCAAAUACUAGAAUAGAUGAAAAUGACAUUCUAUUGUUGUUAUCUACUACUCAACCUUGGGUGAUUUCCUCGCUGAUUGCUGCAAGUAAAACUAACAAGUAUUUGUCCAAGCUACUGAGAAAACAACUUCUUUGGAACUUAAACAUCCUGGAUUGCAUUGUCAUUUCUCUACCUAAAGACUAUGGUAGAUCAGAUGCAGUUUUUCUUCAUCAGCAAGACAUAAGUGAUGAAGUUUCUGCUCUUGCUGAUCAGUUUGGAUUGAUUUUACAAGAGACAACAAUUCAUUUUGCCUGCAAUAAAAGUCUUUGGACUUUUCUAAGGAUUGUAGCUUCCAAAGUGAUUCCAAGAGAAAAAGAGCUAAAGGUGUGUUGGCAGCUUUCUUUAGCGCAAGCUGUUAGAGAAGGACAAUUGGACUUUUUGAAGUCUAUCCUCGAUAACAUUUCAAUAUCAAAACUUCCCGAAACAGUUCAGGCCAGCUUUGCAGCACUUUUAUGCAAGGCUGCAUUCUAUGGUCAAACAGACAUUGUUAAAUAUCUUUUCAGGAAAAGUGUACCAAUCAGGUUCGAUACUGAAAACCCAAUGUUUGUGGAUCUUCUCGAUAAGAUUUACGUGAAGAAUUUCGAUGUUAUUGAAUAUGCCAUCCGAAGCAAGCGACCCGAAACUGUGGACACCGUGAUCAAGUUUUGCAAAUACGAUCGUGAAUUUAUGAAGGCUGCCAAACCUGAAUCCUAUUUUGAGCUAGCUGCCUCUACUGGAGAUUGGCCAAUUAUGAAGUAUUUUACUGAAAUUUUUUCAAAACAUGGACGGCCCACAAAGCAGACUUGGGAGAGAUUUUUCAUAGGGGCAGCUUCAAAAGGGCAAGAGGAUUUCUGUGCACAAAUUCUGACAAACUUCAAAGAUGUGGACGUUUUGUGUGUAGACAAAAGAAAUAAACAUGCUUUACAUUAUUGCGGAAUUUACAACAUGAAACGUGUUGCUCAGUUUGUUCUGGAUAAGACAACUAGGGGCUUUGAUGUCAGCGAUUCGGAUGGUAUGAGACCAAUAGACUACGCUGUGCUGCUUGGAAAUAUCGAAGUCGUUCAAUUGUUCAAUGAAACGAAAUUUAUGCAUUCAAAAGAAAAUAUCGACAGGGUGGAAACGUAUGGCUGGUUUCAUUUUUUCAUGAGCAAGGUAAACUCAAGCAGUACAAUUAUGUCAGAUGUUGACAUUAGACCUUAUCUUCCCAAAUCGAGGCAACUAGAUCUAACCAGUCUUUAUAAGAAGGGGGAUGAUAAUGCAGCGGCUGCUGUUGUGUCGUGUUCCAAACAUAUCCCAAAACUGAUCUUAGAAAAUCCUACAACAUAUGGAUUUCUUCUACACGAUUCAAUAAAAUAUGGAUGCAAGAAGGCUUUUCAUGCAUUAAUGGCCUAUUUUGUUGAGGAAGCUGAAAAUCGUCGCCAAGUCCUUAAACUUAAGGUUGGUGAUAUGUGUCCUUUAGCUGUUGCUGUGUCUAAUGCUCAGUUAGAAAUUGCAGAAUACAUCUUUCAGUAUGAUGACGGAUUGAGCUGGAAAUCAACAAAAUCAGCAGAAAAUAUUCUCCAUCUUGCCAUUCACACAGAAGAUCCAGAAAUGAUUGAACUAGUUAGUUCAAAGACAGUUGGAAGGCUUUGCGAGGGAAAGGACAUUUACGGAUUUACUCCAGUGAUGUAUAUGAGUGCUCUUGGUCUUCAAGAUUACUAUUCCCUACUUAAAUCAGAUGCCUUGCUCAACCCCUGGGGUGACUCUCACGCUGGUCACACGGACGAUGAUCCUGAUAUGACGUGCCACAAUUGUUUGUUAAAUAAAUGUAUUGGUUGGUCAAAAAUAUACAACAGAAGUCCACUUGAUAAGGACAUACAAUCAAUGAGGUCAGAAAACAAUGCUCUUCCUCCUCCAUUACUAACGGAAUACUUCUGGAAAUUAGGAAAGUACAGGUCGGAUAAUCCAAUAAUUUCUGCUAUUAUGGUAUCAAGUGGGUAUAAUGCAACAAUGACCUCUUUAAUUAGACUGGUGACCAGGAAGGAAGGAAUUGAAAAAAUGAUAUCCAUGGAGGGAAUAGAAAAAACCCUGGAGGACUUCCAAAACAGUAACACUAUUCUUGAAAAUAUACUAGCUAUGUCAAUUACUGCUAAUAAUGAAAAGGUAUUUGUGGCAUUGCUUGAUCUUGCCAGUGGUUUAAACAAUACAAUGAAGAAAAAUUAUGGCACAUCUAUUUUUGAGGCUGUUAUUGGUCUCUCCAGAUUAGACCUUCUUGUGCAUCUCAAGAAAGCACUGAACUGUCAAGAGGACGACUUUUCGACUUUUAAAGAAAUCCAGUCCACUUUACCCCAAAAACAACUUUGGUUAUCAGAAUUGGACAACCUUGGAGGUAAACAAUGGCCAAGGUUUGAACUGUCACCAGAGAGACAUGAUCCCAGGAUACUUAAAUCUGAUUUAUGGCUGGUACAAUCAGUAAAAUUUCCAGAAUCGAUCAGAAAGGAAUUAGAGACCAAGUGUACCAAAGAAAACAUCAUUGCUACAGAGUUUUCCAACCUAAAAUACACUGUAGACUUUGACAGCUUUCGCAAAAUUGCAGAUUUUGGAAAUUUAUCUGACGUUUGGAUUCAGUGUUUCCUAACAUCCAGUAUCGUUCUCGAUCAUAUUGAGGAAAUAAAAAUAAAUGAAGCUACGAAAUCUACCCCUGUGAAGUCAGUUAAAGUAGUAUGCCUCACAAGUGGAACAACAGACCAUCCAAAAGUCACUAUGGAUAACACGGGAGCCGUUUUGAACCAGAUUCGUGUAUCCAUGGACAAAGGAUCCCUCUUUGUCAGAUUAGACAAAAGCUGCUGUCAACGACAGGAGGAAAUUCACCUUAAAGAAGAUGUACAGGAGAAUGUUAUUCCAUACUUUGAAGAGUUUAUGCAGAAAGAAUUCAGACUUAAGAUAAAAGUAAAGGUGGACUGGAAUUCCAUCGAGCUUAGAAGAAGGACUUACAAUACAGAAGUUGUCAUGAAAUCCUUAAACGGCGAUAUUUACGGCAAUAGGUUAGGAGGGUUAGAGGAUACAUUGAAUGAGUGUAGGGAUAUGAAAAACGAUAUCGAAUCCAUGUUUGAUAAGGAGACGGCAGAAAACGUCCUUCGCGAUUUUUCGAACAUUACAGAAAUCAUAGUCUCACUUGAGGAUAAGAUGACUUCGGAGCAAACUGGAUUCAUGAGUGGACAAAACCAUGUCAAUAGUAAGGUGAACUGGAAAUUCACGAUAACAAGAUCUCGCCUUUACUAUGACAGAUCGCAAUUUCCGUUGUGGCAAAAUCUUACGAUGUAUCGCUCCGUCUGUGGAUCGCUAUGUCAUUCAGUCUACUGUAUCUCCAAGAUCAAUGGCACAGAAGACAAUGAGAAUGCAAAUAGCACAAAGCGCUGCAUAGAACCUGUCACAUUCGAAGUAGACUUACAAUCCUUUGGAAUAAAUGACUUGUCAAUUUUGAGAACGCUUAUGUGUCGUGACGUCGGCAGGGAACUUAUAGCCAUCGCUUAUGAUUGCAAAUCAAUGCUAAGGUUAAAAUACACUUCGAAAAGAUUGCUCCUGAAGAACACCAUAUCCCUGCAACACACGGGGGUCUCUAUCCAAGAGGACACAGCGACUGUUUUUGUCUGUUGCAAUGAGACAGACAAUAAAGAAUGGAUUGUAGAAAGAAGCAACUCGUUCUCUAGAUUAUCAGACGCCGAGGACAAACAGCUAUUGGUGGGAUGGCCUGCGGAGAGCAGUGAUAAACUCAAUCAAAUCAUUAUCAACGUUCAAGAUGAAGUCAAAAAGAAAGUUGGAAUAGCCAUUACUUUUCAGGCAGAUGAAAAGCGAUUAAUACCAGCAUGUCUUUUGAAGUUUAGACGCGAAUUGAGUCACCCACAUGAUUUGCUUAGACGCUCUUUGGAAGCUUCCUAUACAGAAUAUAAAAAUGUAUAUAUUCGAAUCUUACAUGACCUUCUUUUGUCCCAGAAGUAUCCAGUCAUAAAACAGAAUCCAGUAGAGCAGGGUUUAUCCGGAGUUUGGGUGAAAAUUAAGCAAAAUAAAGGGAAGUCAGGACAACUUGUAUUAACAAAGAAGCUUGCAGAGAAAGAGUUGCUGUCAGCUCUUGAAAGGCCAAAGUACGUGAAACUGCCUUUUCUUGAAAAGGAAUGUUUUGAAAUGAUAACUGAAUCGACAAAGGUCAUAGAACACCCUGAAGUAUGGAAGCAUGAAAUCAUAACAGAGAAAAAUCAAGCUGAUUUUAAACAUUUUGUCGUUUUACAUCAAGGAAAUAUUUAUACAUUUUCCGAUUCUGACUUUUACAAGAAAUGCAUUCAGGAAUUGCCUUUGCGCGUUGUGAUAUCACAAGAUACUGCACAUGCUUUAGAGACUGGAUAUUUGGAUUUUCUCUAUGAUAAACUGAUGGAUAAUAUAACAGAAGUUGAUUUACCCUCGAUUGAAACAUUUCAGUUACAUGUGCGAGUGAAGCAAGAAAUCAAAAAAAUGAUAAACAUUGAAAACAUAGAUAUACAAUGGAGGAGCUUUGUUUUCAAGAAAGACCCUGGUUGCCACCAAUUAUUUGCGGAUUGUAUAAAUGCUGUAGUGGACUCGUUCCAGGAAAUUUUCGCAGCGAUACCAGAAUGCAUUGUUUCUCAGAGAAUUUUGUUGGAAAUGCACUCCAUGUUCACUGGUGUGUCAGGUCUUCGAAUUGCAAUGAGAGAAAAUAUUAAUACAAAGGAUGAUGAAGAUGUAGAAAGAACAAUACUGGACGAGAAGAAACCUGGUGUAAUGAUUCGGAUUCUCAGUGGCAAUAUUCUUGAAAUCAUUUUCAGGCAAAAAGUGAAAAUAACCAAAUUCUCAGAACUUUUGUAUUCUGCAAGUGCUCAGCUUGCUGAAAUAAAAAUAAAAUCACUUUUGGGGUGCAAAAGGUCGAAACAAAAACCUUCAGUUGAAGUUGAGGAACAGAAGGAAAGGCCAAAGCCUAUUAUUCGUCCAUCCUAUGAUAAAGUUAUGCUUCAUCUCGGAGAUAUGAUAUUCGCUGUUUCUUCAAUUUGUUCCAGCAUCAAAAGCUUUAUGACAGUUGUUCCUGAGGAGGUGGAUGACUUCUACUUCGUUACUUCUACACGAAAAACGGGCUUCACACUGAAGAAUAAAACACUGAUGUACAAUAUCUCCAAGGAAAAUGUGAACCCUGGACAGCUAGCUGAACAGCUUCUAGAGGAGUUUGAAUUUCAAGGAUUAAAGAAGUCACUGGUCAUCCUGGACUUGAAUGUAACAGCACCAUCUGUUCAUGACAAAAACAAAAAUAUAUUAAUGGUUACCUUGGCAAUCAAUAAUUACAACAAAGAUGUGGAUACCCCCAAUAGUUAUAAAUUAAGAAAUGCAAAUGACUACAACGUCAUAUUACAAGGACACUCGGAGAACCUGAAGGUUUCUAGAGUAGAACAGAAAGAGGAACAUUUGGUUUUAACAAUCCCAUUGCCUGACAAAGUAAAAAUAUACACCAAACAAGGUGUGAUAGUUCAGCACAAUUACAUUAGGCAAGAAAACUGCAAAAGUCUUAUUUUUGACUCAAACAAAUUUUUGAAGCACGAAUAUCCAAAAGAAAUGAAUGAAAAGAUCACUGUAAAGAAAAACGCAUCUCUUAAAUUUCUUCUCGAGCAUAAUACAGUGCUAAAAGAAAAUGGACAUAAGCCUGAAAGGCAUACAAACGAGGGAAAGCAUGAGGUAGUCCUUCAUUCCCCAGAAGUCAAGUUUACCUUUUACUUUCAAAAGAAACACUUCCCAAGUUCAACAUCAACAAUGCCAUUCACGCUGGGGACAUGGGCUUGGUCAUCAGCUUUGUUAUGGAAAGUACCAAGGAAUGGUCCUUACUCGCUGCUGGUAAACGAUUCUCAACGCGGCUUUAGGGUCAGAGCUCAAUGCCUGCGCUGCAAACAAUUUUUGAACAUUAUAACUCAUCUCGGGAAAACUGAUGCUGGCGUUGACCUUGAAGUGAAUUACAAAGAAUCGUGACAUCAAUAUUUUUGACCCAGGCCUUAAUGAAAUU